UUGUUCUACGGCAUUGUGUUCGGGACCGCGAUUGAUAAGGGUCCCCGUGACGUAAUCGCUGUAGCAAGAACAACACUCCGGUAUGCGUAUCAAUGAAAUUCUUAGUCCACGGCAUGACGACGACGGUGAUGUCACAGUUCACGAUUUUUUUUUGAUAUUAUUUUUUGAAAUGUUUUUCCCGAGAGCGUCGUCCUAGUACGGUACUGUGGUGUAAAGCUGUUGUUACUGUUGCAGUUGUCGUUGUAGUUGUAGCUAGUUACGUGUGUAAGUAGUUGCGGGGUGAAAACACAUAUUUUGUGCGCAACUAACCGCCGCUGACUCUCCUCCAACGCUUUUUUGUUUGUUUCGUCUCCGUUUAUCUUUUUGCUCCGUCACACCUCAGUCGCGUUUCUGUUCUCGUCCUACCUGAUGUGCUUGCAAUGAACGGGAUGACGUUCAGCGAGUUAAUGUAUCUGUUUUGCUGUCCACCCCUACCAUCCCGCAUUGCUUCCAAACUUGCGUUCCUUCCACCACCAAUUACGUACGACUUCACGCCGGUCGACAGUGGUGAGACUAAAUAUCAUAUCAAGUUCAACGAUAAGGCUGAGUGGCAGUAUACGGACAGUGACGUGCAAAACAUUGAAGGAUUUUAUGCCCGUACGUCCCGUGGCAAUCGCAUAGCGUGCAUAUUCGUGCGAUGCUGUCCCAACGCCCGUUACACCAUACUUUUUUCGCACGGAAAUGCUGUCGACCUAGGUCAGAUGAGCAGUUUCUACUUGGGAUUGGGUAUGAGGAUCAACUGCAACAUAUUUAGUUAUGAUUAUUCCGGUUACGGCAUCAGCAAGGGUAAGCCAAGUGAGAGAGACUUGUAUGCAGAUAUUGAUGCUGCUUGGCAAACAUUAAGAACCACCUACGGCAUCAGUCCCGAGAAUAUAAUACUAUAUGGUCAGAGCAUUGGUACUGUGCCCACUGUCGAUUUAGCAUCCAGAUAUGAAGUGGGAGCUGUAGUCCUUCAUUCGCCAUUGACAUCCGGCAUAAAAGUUGCAUUUCCUAGAUCUAAAAGGAAAUGGUUUUUUGAUGUGUUUACCAGUAUUGAUAAGGUAUCAGAAGUUAACUCUCCAGUGCUCGUCAUACACGGAACACAUGACGAAGUAAUUGAUUUUUCACACGGUGUUGCUAUUUAUGAAAAAUGUCCUAAAGCAGUUCCACCACUAUGGGUUGAGGGUGCUGGACACAAUGAUGUAGAAUUGCAUAAUGUUUAUUUGGAAAGACUUAAACAAUUUGUUACAACUGAACUGCUCAACUGACAUUUAAUUGAAAAAAAAGAUGCAGAUACAUCGAAUGGACAAUCGCCCAAUAUGGUAACUAAUGGCUCAGCGACUGAGAAAUUACUUUGGUAAUUUUUUAUUAUUAUAUCUAAUACUACAUAUUAGUGUAUAAUUUGUAUAAUAUUUAUCAUAUUAAAUAUUAAUCGUUCAUACUAUUUUAUCAUCCAUUACAAUUCAUGUACAAUAUUUUUUUUUUUUGUUAAUCAUUCGCUUAAUCGUUAUUAUUAAGUCAUGACUAUAUAACUCUAUUCCUAAACAAGUAUUUUGAACUUAAAACAAUAUAUUUAAUAUUAAUAUAUUAUAUGACUUGUGUAUUAUAAUAAUUAAAAUAAUGUAUCAGUGUUUUUUUAUCAAAUUAUUAAAUUAUUGUAUGUUUAUUAUUAUUUAUUAUAGGUUAUAUUUGAUUAGGUUUAUAAAUUAUAUUAUAGAUUUAUCGUUUAUACCUAUGAUAUUUAUAUUAUUAUUAUUAUUAUUAUUAUUAUUAUUUUAAUACAGUAGAGUACCUAUUAACCGAAUUAAUAAUUCUUAAUUUUAUGUGAAAUGUAAAUGUAAAUUCUUUUUUUCCCAAGAAAAUUUGAAAAAUACAUUUUUCAUGUAAAAGUAUUGGAUUAACAACCAAUCCAAGUUUAGCCAAAAAUGGUACUCUGCUGUGAAGUUUAUUUAUGGUUUACCAGUAAUGUUUUAAUUAAUGCAAAUUAAAUUAUAAAUAAUAAUAUUUUCUAGUAAAACACUAGACAUGACUUUAAGUAAAAUAAUUUAAAAAAAAAAUGUAUAUUAUAUUAUUCUAACAAGUGUUUUUUUUUAAAAAAAAUUAUGAUUUUGAUUCUAAUUAUAUAUUAAGUUGAACAAAACAAAUAUUUUUUACACGCACAUUGUUUUGUAUCAUAUUUUUUUGAAUUCAAACAUGUUAUAUAUUAUAAACAUUUAUUAUAAUAUUGAUAUAUAUAUAUAAAAAAAAAAUACUUUCAAUGUUUUUGUGGCCUUAUAAUAUAUUUCAUGUACCUUCUUCAAUGUAAUUUGUAUGAAAUUAAAACACUAUUUCUCGUAUAAUUUA